AACUCUUCAAACCACCAAUCAAAAUGUUCAAAUUCUUCGCUAUUGUCUUGAUGGCCGUCUUCGCCUGUGCCGCUGCCAAGCCCGGCAUUGUUGCUCCUUUGGCCUAUAGCGCUCCCGUAGUAGCUGCUGCUCCCGUUGCUGCCAGUGCCGUUGUCUCUCAAGAAUUCCAUGGUAACUUCGCUGCCCCCUACGUGGCAUCACCCUAUGUUGCUGCUCCUUAUGCUGCUGCUCCUUACGUUGCUUCUCCAUACGUUGCUUCCCCCUAUGUUGCUGCUCCAUACACCACCUAUGCUGCUGCUGCUCCUUAUGUUGCUGCUCCCUACACCGCCCCUUUGUUGUUGAAGAAGUAAAUUGUUGACACUG